AUGGUAAAGAAGUGAGUAGCGCCUCCGCGUACAAGCGGAAGUCACAAGCCUUGCUGCGCACACGUACCCGUUCAUCCGCCGGUACUAAUCCAUGCCGCCUUUGUGGCUCGAACAGGAGUGCUUACAACAAGUUUGUCAAAAAGGAGAGCGCCAAAUUCAAGCAGACGCACCCCAAGGGUACCACUCAGGUGAGCGCCGCGUCCUAAUUCAACCAUUGGACGAAUAGACAUCGCGCCCAAGACCCCCACCCGACUCGCGUGACGUAGAUUCUUAUCGGAAGGCCGAAAGUUAGCAUACAAACAGGUUUGCUAACGUCGCUGCCGUCGCAUACAUGCCCCGCCCAGGAACGCAUGAAGCUCAUCGGUGCUGCUUGGGCCAAGAGCCCCGAGAACCCCAAAGUGAGUGGACUGUCUAUUGGACGUGCUCGUACACGCACGCUGAUCCGCUUCGUCGGUUUCGCUCGACACCACCGACAUCACAGAACAAGCCAGGAGCGAAAAAAUGA